AUGACAUGUGCUAUGCCAGAGAAACUAAAGGGGAGCCUGGUUAAAGCCAUCAAAAAGCAAGACAUCUGUGGUAAAGUGCUGCCAUGUCGAGGUUUGAGGUGCUCUCAGUAUGCAAAAUGUAUCAAAAAUGCCACUACUCAUGUUUAUAAAUGUGCUUGUAGAGCUGGGUAUAAAGGAAAUGGGGCUAUUUGCAAAGACUUGAACGAGUGUACCUUAGGAACCCACAGGCAUAUCUGUGAUAAUGGCCGCGAGAACUGCAUUAAUACAAUUGGUUCUUUUGAAUGUCGGUGUAAACCUGGAUUGAAAAUAAAUAAUAAAAAUCAAUGCGAUGAUGUGAACGAGUGCGAGACGGAGAAGAGAUGCCCCGAAGAAGCUUUGUGUAUCAACAAUAUAGGUUCCUAUCAAUGCAUAUGUAAAGCUGGUUUUAGUGGUGAUGGCAAGAAGUGUGAAGAUAUCGAUGAAUGUGAAAGAGGUGACCAUGGAUGUCCUAGCAAUUCCGUCUGUGUAAACUCUGAAGGGGAUUAUAAAUGUUUUUGCAACGCUGGAUACGUCAAAUCUGGACAUUUAUGUGUUAAAGAAGACCCCUGUUUACCACCGCACGUACCUUGUAAUCCUGAAAAGGAGAUUUGCGUGAAAAGCAAGACGUCGUAUGAGUGCCAUUGCAAACCUGGUUUUAAAAGAGCGUCAGAAAGUGGUGAAUGUGAAGACAAGAACGAAUGUGAAGGCAACGAAACUAACCAAUGUCACAAGUUUGCGACGUGUGUGAAUCAAAAAGGAGGAUACAAAUACAAGAUUGACAUAAAGACAUAUGCUCUGGCUGGUUUGAUCGUUGGAAUCCCAGUUCUAACGUUUGUCGCUCUUACAAUUUAUGUGUGUAAAAGGCGCGUGAGAAGAAGAGCUAUGACAAGAGAGGCAGAAUACACCGCAGAAAAUCCACCAAACGAUGACACUAUUCCUCCUGAUAAUCAACAGUUAAUCAAUACAGCUGGAAGUUAUUAUGAAGAAAGCAUACCGAUGAAAGGAUUACCAGCAUCAGAGUCAGCAUGGAGCGAAUGGCCGGACUACGAUGAUACCAGAGAGAGCGAUUCCGAUUAA